AGAGAACUGGCUGGGGAGGAGAAGCUUUAAACUCUAAUAGACCGAGCCCAUGCUUUAGGGCCUAUACUCCAUAAUGUAUUAAUGUACCAAAACGAAGUUCUCCUCUUCACUUCCCAGCUAAUCUCAGCCGACUUCCCCUCGUUCUUUUUCAGUUCCACCAUUUUCUCUGACAAUAGGUACUGACUCUGGAGGUACAGUUCCCCUAUGUUCCUCUUUGUUUCCCAAACGUGUCCGUAUCCGACACGGACACGACACCGUUCUGCAGCUCCGGUGCCGCUUGCCACUGCUUCAUAACACAAUAUAGUUUAGCGUUUUUGUUUUCCUUUUCUCCUUCCGUCAAAUUUCCUAGCAUCCCAAAUUUACUAAAUGCAAUUGUAUCCCAAAAAUUCAACUUUCUGUUCAAGCUUUCCAUGCCUUUUUGUUUUUCUCCUGCUGUUACUUAUUCAUACAGAAUUUGCAGAAGUUUUCGUUGUUUUGAGAGUUUUGCUACUUCCUGUGCUCUAAAGACAUUGGAUUUCUUUGAACAAGCCGAUACCCAUGUUGCCAAUUACUCAGAAUUGCAGCGCAGGAUGCAGAGUUAUGCUAUCUCAGGUGACUUUAGCAAUGCUCUCUAUACUCUGAGUUUGAUGAAAAACAUACACGGAAAACCAACUGUAUAUGAUUGUAAUGCUUUGAUGUAUUGUUACUUGAAGUCGAAAAACGUGUGUUGGAAAGAGUUAGUUGAAAUGUACAUUGGGAUGAAGAGCUUUGGGCCUCAACCAAAUGCAUCCACUUUUAAUACCCUCCUUAAUGGAAUGCUACGUCUUGGUAAUUUGAAAGAUGCGAUUUUUACUGUUGAAGAGAUGUGUAGGAAUCAUUUUGUGCCAUCAUUCAGUUCAUUGUCCAAAACCUUGAAAAAGGCAGUCGAAGAAGGGAACUUACUUGAUUGUCUUACUGUUUUUGAGCUUAUGCUGAGGUAUGAUUAUCACCCAUCUGAACCAACUUUGAAUGGAUUUAUUUCAAUGCUUUGUGAAGCUGGAAUGAUUUCCGGUGCUUGUUUUGUUUUCUCUCUUCUUUUGAGGAAGGGUUAUGUUUUUAGUGUGUACUGUUACAAUCCCAUUCUAUGGGCUUUAUGCAAGUGUGGUCGAAGUUCUAUUGCUUUGCGACUGUUUUAUUUGAUGAAGAAGCGAGGGUUUGUUCAUAAUGUGUGUUCGUAUACUGCUUUGAUUUAUGGGUUUAGCAGAGAAGGUCUGCAGGAAGAUGUUUUUCAGUGUCUAGAUUUCAUGCAAAGGGAUGGGUGUAAGCCUAAUGUGAUUACAUACACGAUAAUUAUUAAGUUUCUCUUUGACAAUGGGAAGUUUGAGCAGGCUAUGGACUUUGUGAGUAAGAUGGAAGCAGAAGGAUGCGAUGCUGAUCUGGUUACUUAUAAUGUUGUUCUCCGUGAACUUUGCCAUAGAGGUAGAGUGGCUGACAUUUCUGAGUUCAUUCAGGUGAUGAAUCAGAAAGGUCUUUCUCCAGAUUCAUACUCAUAUGCGGCUCUGGCUGGAGGCCUACUAAAAAUAGGAAAAGUAGGGUUUGCAUGCGAACUAUUGCUUGAUGUAAUUUCCAAGGGCUGUACUUUGGAUGCUGCAGUUUAUAAUAUCUUCUUCCGAUGUUUAUGUCAAGUGAAUAGAUCAAGAGAAGCAUUAUCUCUUUUGAAGAGCAUGAUGGAAGCAGGCUUUAAGCCAAACAAUGUGUCAUAUAACACAAUCUUGAGUGGCUUUUGCAGAGAAAGAAAUAUUAAUGAGGCUUUGGAGCUCUUGGACCAUUUUGAGUGGGAUGCAAAUGGGCCUGAUGUAGUUUCUUUCAAUACAAUUUUGUCUACUGCAUGCAGACUGGGAAACUCUGCAAUAAUCCAAAGUAUCUUGUGUCGCAUGGAAUAUGAACACAUUAAGUUCGAUGUUUUUAGUUUGACUUGUUUGAUCCAAUAUUUCUGCACAAUUGGAAAAUUUUCAGAGUGUUUGAAGUUGUUGGAGUCCAUAAUGCAUAAUGAUCCUAGUUCAAUUGUAAUCCCUUUCAAUAUUCUACUACAUAACCUUUGCAAGAACUGGUUACUUGGAACUGCAUACUGGAUUUUCAAGAACUUAAGGAACACCAAGUUCCUUCCUGACGUGACUUCAUACAACAUUCUUAUCCAUGCUUGCAUAAGAGACCGCAAUCACCUUUUGGUUGGUCAAUUAUUAAGGGAAAUGAAUAGACAGAAACUGAAACCUGAUGCUUUUAUCUAUGGUUCAUUAAUUAGUGGCCUCUGUAAGGAAGGGAAGAUAUCAGUUGCUCUCCAGCUAUGGAAUCAAAUGCUAGAGAGUGGGCUCAUUCCUAGUGUUCUAAUUUACAAUACAAUAUUGCAGGCAAAGUUUCAGAGAGGCAACUUUGGGGACAUUCUCUCAUUACUGAAAGUCAUGAUAGUGGAGGGGUUUCAACCUGAUGAGGCAACUCUAGGGAUCCUUAACGAAGCAGUUUCAAAUGGUUGGAUGAAGAGAUUUCCUAAAGUUGCUAAAGUUCUGGGGUGGGUGAUAAGCAAUGACUUUCAGAAAGAAACAGAUAAAGGGCAGUAGCUGGCUGAUUUAUUUAGCUUUUUAAGUUUCUUCGCAUUUUGUUGCUCACAGCAUUUAAUCAUUGCUGGAAAGGCUCAGCUUCAAAACCGUAUGUGGGACUCUCACCGUAUACGGCUCGCACAAAGACUCCUAAAUCCAUCCCAAGCCCUAAUACUUAAAGUUGCCCAUUCACAAAAAUUUCCUUUGAAUGCCAGACAUUUUGCAAUAAGUAGAAGAAGUGUGAGCAUUGGAUCGAGUCAAUUCGUUAAGCAUUUCAGUCAAUUUGUGCGAGCUUUAUUCCUUUUGUCGAUUUGUUAGAAUGGACUCCGCUAUAAUAGCAUCCCUAGCCGCUCCAACUGGAAGGGAAUUAGGAAUGUCCCUCUUCCUUUGAACUGGAUUUGAUGAGUAACAAACUCUACAAAGAAGAGUGAGGUGAAGGGGCUUGGUAUCUCUGAAGAAGAUUCAAGCAUGAAGAGGCAUGAAGAGUGAAAGGGAAAAAAAAAUCCUUGCAUUCAGAGAUAUAGAUUUUCUUUGCACCAAGAGCAUCUGGUGUUGAACAUCUUAAAUAUAGGAAAGGUAAGCUGGAAUUUCAUCCAAGGUAUGGCAAAGUGUACAUGUGGAACACUUGUGUCUGACUUGUGAUUGGACUAGAACAGUCUGGUACAAGGGAUGUUUGGGUCUUUGAAUCAUAAAGAAUAUUUUUAUAAGAUUUGAGAAAUUGGCUGCUGUCAAUUUUUUUGUCUGGUGGAUAUUUCCAUGGCUAUUAAAAUUUGGAUAGCCUACACAUGUUGGUAUAUUUGGAAGAGCAGUUGUGAAGUUAGGUUGGGAAUAAGGGGCUAGAUGUUCAUUCAAUGAUCACCAGAAUUAAAUGGCAGUAGGGGAAGUGAUUGCAGCAAAUUUGAAGAAGACUCUGAAGUCCAAAAAGGUAACUGUUGGUAAUCCUGAUUCCCUGGGAUCAUUAGUCUGCCAAAAUCCUGCUUAAAUCAAAUUCGACUAUGAUGGUGCAUUCGAUGAGAAAUCUGGGA